AUGACUGUCUUCCCCACAGGCAUAGAUUAUAAGACUACAACGAUUCUUCUGGAUGGCCGACGAAUCAAGCUACAGCUCUGGGAUACAUCAGGGCAAGGGAGAUUCUGCACCAUAUUUCGGUCUUACUCAAGAGGUGCUCAGGGAGUAAUACUAGUGUAUGAUAUUACAAAUCGUUGGUCAUUUGAUGGAAUCGAUCGAUGGAUAAAAGAAAUAGAUGAGCAUGCUCCUGGUGUACCAAAAAUCCUGGUUGGAAAUCGCCUUCACUUAGCCUUCAAGCGCCAAGUGUCUACUGAACAAGCACAAGCCUAUGCUGAGAGGCUGGGCAUGACUUUUUUUGAAGUCAGUCCACUUUGUAAUUUCAAUAUUACAGAGUCCUUUACUGAGCUAGCAAGAAUAGUAUUGAUGAGACAUGGAAUGGACAGGCUCUGGAGGCCGAACAAGGUACUGAGUCUGCAAGACCUUUGUUGCCGUGCCGUAGUUUCCUGUACCCCUGUGCAUCUUGUUGACAAGCUCCCUCUCCCUGUUGCCUUAAGAAGCCAUCUCAAAUCUUUCUCCAUGGCAAAUGGCCUUAAUGCCAGGAUGAUGCAUGGACGCUCAUACUCCCUCACAUCCAGCAACAUCAAUAAAAGGAACAGCUUAAAGAAAGCUAAAAUUAUCCGUCCACUACAGAGCCCACCAAAAAACUGUACAAGAAACAGCUGUAAAAUUUCUUAAGCUCUCUGUGGGAAAAGGAACCUGGAUGGAAUCCCCUCAUGUGAAGUGUUGAACACGAGGACUCCUUGUUUAAUGGUUGAGCACACUCUAUGUAUGUAUCCCACCACAUAGACAAAAAUAAGAAAAAUAAGUCUUAUUUUAGAGCUUGCUCACUACAGUAAUGCUGCUUUGGAAUGAAUGACAGGUUCAGUGCAACUGAAAGGAUGUGACAUUUUGCUGUUGGAUUUUCAUACUGCAUUUUAGUUUCUGAUGCGCAUGAUGCCGUUGUUUUUACUAGUAGAUGUGUUUUCAUAUAGGGGAUAAUUAUCAUUAUAUUCAGUUCUUAAUUCCAUGAAAUCUGGAAAGUGACUUACUGUGUAACUGUAUAAAAUCCUGUCUUUUUGCAAACUAUUCAAACAUACAAAAAUAAGUCAUCGGUUUGCAUAUUCAGGCAGAGGUUUCUAAAUGCAAUGUAUUGUAUACAUUGUUAAAUUCUACAAACAGCGUCACAAAUUCUAGUAAUACUGCAAUUGUGCAUUUGGAUUUUUUGUAAAGCUUCCUUGAUAGCUUUGAAGCACUAACUUAACUAAGCUAAAAAUGUGUAUAUAUAAUUAUUAUGCACAUACACAACAAGGUUCUGUCCCAUUAGUGUAUGUAAUAGAUUUGAUAAAGUUUUUCAUAUGUUAUUUAAUACUUUGGGGAAUUAAUUUGUGGUUUAAAUACUUAUUUUUCUGUAAAAAAAAAAAAAUUUAAAAAUUACGUUUUAUACCACUCUACAAGAAAGUUCUAGGAGGAAAAUGCCAAAGACACUGUGG